CCUGCAAAUCCAGCAGGCGCUGACUACUCAACGGACCCUGCUACAGGACAUGCUGAGUGAGGUGCAGGAAUUCUGCAAAGAGCAUCACUGGAUGACAAGCAUUUAUGAGUUCCUGCAAACCUGGGGGCCUCAGAAAUUGGAGUCUUUGAGAGGUUGUCCCAUCAAGAAUUAUGUGACACUGGUGAGCAAUCUCAAUGUUUGGCAGACCCGUGUCUCCAGUAUGCCUGCCAAGUUCAUCACAAAAGGCAGGCUGCUGCUGCUCGACUGCCGUGACAUCCAGGCCGACACUGAAUCCAAGCUGGAGAGCAUCAGGAAGGACAUUCUCAUGCAGGUGCAGGGCGAAUGCAAUGUUCGCAGUCAGCAGCUAAUGUCAGAGCUCACAGACUUCAUGGAGGCCUUCCAAAAUAUCAACAUGGACAUUCACACCAUUGCACGCUGCUCCCAGAAGUUGAACGAGGCCAACGAGAAAUACUUGGAACUGGAGGAGAGAAUGGAAUACGUGUGGUCUCUCCAUGAGCUCAUUCGCACACACUUCAGCCACUUCAGUGCUGAGAAUGAGGAGCUGGACAUGACGCUUCUGGAUAUGUGGGAGACAUUUCAGUUUGAGAAAACCCAGGCCUCAGAGCUCCUGCUCAGCAAGCGACACGCCAUCAUCCCCAAGCUGCAGCAGCUGAUGGCGGCAGCACUAGCCGAGUUGGAAGGCCUGCUUCAGAAGGCCCUGUCCGGCCCCUUCAUGGAUCCCGAGCAGGAGCAGAGGGCCACUGAGCGCCAGCUCAUUGCCUUGGAGCGUCAGUUCCAGAACACAGCCAACCAUCUCAAUGAACUGCAUCAUACCUUCACCACCUUCACAGGGAGCCCGAGCCCCAUAACCAUGCCGGCCUGUGGCACCCGGCCUAUCGUGCAGCAGCAGCGCAUCUGGCACCUCUACCGACUUAUCUCCGAAAACAUGAGCGAGUGGAAGUGCAUGGCCUUCGCCAAGUUCAGCCUGGCGAUGGCCAAGGAGAAGACCGAUGGCUGGUUGACAGAGGCAGCACGGAUGAGUGCCAACCUGGGUGUGCCCAGCCCAGUGCUGCAACGCUGCAUGCGGAUGCUGGAGGAAUUCCGCAGCUAUCUGCCUUUGCUUAACAAGUUGGACAGCCUCUCCCUGCAGAACAUCAGCUACCAUGCUCUCCUGCGAGCCUUAGGACUGGACAGUCUCCAGAACAUAGAACUUCUAACACUGGGCCAGCUGCUCUCGUGUCCACUACUGGAGUUUGCAGACCGAAUCAAUCAGGUCUGGCAGGGUGAAAGGGACCGAAUUAAAACCCAAGAGACCCUCCGGCGGCUGCAGCGAGCCUGGGAAACACGCCAGCUGCGACUGCUCAACUUCAUCCUGCAUGUGCCCUACGAGCCCCCAGCCGGGGAGCGUGCCAAGAAGCAACUGCUCCGCAUCCCCCAUUGGGAGCUAGUGGAGAAGGAUAGUGGCACCUUCAUCCUUUCAGAUUGCAGCAGCCUUCAGGCUUCUAUCCAAGAAAGCCUUCAGGUGCUAUACAAGAUCCUGGCCACCCAAAAGUCUGGAGACUCUUACAAGAUGGCUCUGGAGUGGGUGACCAUCAUGCACAGUCUGGGUGCCCUGCUGGAAGUGUGGGUGACGUUCCAGCAGAAGUGGAUUUUCCUGAAUAAAGUCCUACAUGAGAUGAAGAUCCAGUUUCCUAGUGUUGAACUGACUGAUCGGUUCAAAGCCUUGGAUGAUAACUUUCGGACCCUGAUGCGGAUCUCUGUAGCUGACCCUCAGGUUCUGUCACUUAUAGUGCCCAGUGCCAAGCGGAACCCUUUCUUCCAAGGCCAGCAGCUGCAGCAACAGCUGCAGGCAGGCUCAAUGGAGCUAGAGGGUAUCAUCACGGCCCUGGAGAGUGUGCUGUAUGAGGUGUGUGCCCACUUUCCCCGCCUCUUCUUCCUCAGCAAUAGUGAGCUGGUGGCCCUGCUGGCUGCCUCACUGGAGUCAUCUGAGGCCCAGCUGUGGGUCCGACGCUGCUUUCCUCACGUGCACGCCGUGAGCUUCAAGUCCCUCUCAAGUGAUAAGAAAGACGAGGGUGAGCAGGAGCCGAGGCCGAGCACGCAGACUCAGGUGGAGGCCCUUGCGGUGGUAGGGGCAGGUGGGGAGGAGGUGAAGCUGCAGGAGUCCCUCCCUCUGCAUCCAGAUCUCCCCAAAUGGCUGGCCUCUCUUGAGAAGGGUCUGCGUUUGACCCUGGUGCACAUGCUGCAGGACUGUGUGGCUGCCCGUGUUUCUCUGGGCCCGUGCCUGGAUGAGGCCUUCAGGCAGCUGCCCCAGCAAAGCCAGUUGCCUCUGCAAGAGAGUGUCCGCCACUGGCUGGAUUUGGUUCAGGCCUUCCCGUGGCAGUGUGUGCUGGUGGCAGAGGAGGUGAUCUGGUGGGCUGAGAUGGAGGAAGCUCUGCUCGAGGGAAGGAUGCUGGCCAUGGUCCAGAGGCAUGUGCGCAAGCUGGAGGUACUGGCAUAUUUUGCACGGGCCCAGAGGGCCUCCCAGAGUAGGUGGUCCCUGCCCAAUGUCCGCCAGAACAGCCUGUUCAGUGCUCUGCUGGUUAUGGCGGUGACUCACCGGGAUGUGUCACAGCUGCUGCAGCAGCACCAGGUCUGUGGUCUGACAGACUUCCACUGGGCCCGUCAACUCAAGUACCACCUGGGGUCACCACACACCAGCCCGCAGAGCCCCCUACAGAGUCUCAAGAACAUCCUAUCCACUGAGGCCGCUCCGUCUCCAGCUGCAUGCUGGGUGAAUGUGCUGGGCCGGUCCUUCCCGUACAAUUAUGAAUACCUGGGUCCCAAGCUGGAGUCUGUGCCCAGCCUGCUGCCUGAACGCCCAGCCCUAGUGUUGUUACUGGCCCUAGAAGAGGUAGCCUGUGGGGCCCUGUUGGGCCCAGAUGGUGUGGGCAAGACAGCUACAGUGAAGCGCCUGGCACAGGCCUUAGGUCGCCAGCUGGUGGUGAUGGCCUGCUUGCCUCAUGUAGAGGCCCAAAGCCUGAGCAAGUACCUGAACGGUGCCUUGCAAGGUGGUGCCUGGCUGCUCUUGAAGGCAGCUCAGCGCCUGCCACUUGGCUUGCUCUCUGCCCUGGGCCAGCGCCUGGCUGAACUGCAGCACCUCUAUGCCCCAUUGUACCAGAAGGCUUCCCAAAGCCCCAGCACCAUCGACCCCACCCAGCCCCAGCUCCUUGGCCAUGGCUUCUUUGAGAAGCACCGUGUGACCGUGUGCCUUGGUUAUGGCUGUCUCCUGACGCUGCGCUCCCUGAGCUUUACUGUGCCUGCCAACCUGCACCUGCUGCUGCGGCCCGUGGCGCUGAAACUGCCUGACCUGCAGCAAGUGGCAGAGCUGACUCUGCUGGGUGCAGGGAUGCGAGAGCCCUCCCGCAUGGCCACCCGCCUGUCCAAAUUCUUUACCCUAGAGCACCAGCUGCUGCCUGGGCCCCUGCCCUGCCGCUUGCCACUGCUCAGACACGUACUGGAAAACAUGAUCCAAGCACUAAACGUGACACAAAAGGGCCCCAGGUCUCAGCAGAUGCGUGGUCUGGCUGCCGUCGAGGAGGCUGCCCUACUUCGUGCCCUGCUGUGCUCACCUCUGUUCAACAUCCUUGAUCAGAAUCGCUUGGACAGCCUCCGAGAACUGCUCUGUGGCAUCUUCCCUAGUGCCAGCCAGGUGCUGGCGGAGCCUGUGACCCACAGGCUGAAGAAGUCACUUGCAGUGGAGAAACUACGGCAGGUAGGCUUGUAUCCCAACGCUGAUAUUUUGGGCUCCCUGGAGCAGCUGAGCCAGGCCCUGGGCCAGGCCUUGGGCAUUUUGCUCCUGGGCCCAGCUGGCAGUGGCAAGACCAGUUGUUGGCACAGCUUAUUUAAGAUCCAGAACCAUCUAGCAGCCAUAGAGGACGCUUCAACCAUGGGCUGCCAGCCUGUGGAAAUUACUCACCUGUAUCCCAGUGGCCUCUCCUCCCAGGAGUUCCUGGGAUGGCUCGAGGGCCCCUGCUGGCACCAAGGCAUUUUCCCCAGGAUGCUCCGUGCCACCACUCACUAUGAGACUCUGGGCCCGAAGAAGCAGGCACAGCCUUUGGUGGGAAUCCAGCACUGGAUUAUAUGUGACGGCGCUCCCAGUACUGCUUGGCUGGACUCCAUCACUUGCCUCCUCGGCAACCCUCCUCGGCUUAGCCUCCCCAAUGGCCAUCAGAUAGCACGACCCCCAGGGACGUUCCUCUUGCUGGAGGUAGGAGACACCACAGGCAUAUCCCCCACAGUGGUGGGGCGUUGUGCCCUGGUCUGGUGUGGUGGGGAGCAGACCUGGCAGGGCAUGCUCAGUGUCCUGAUGGCAGCCCUGCCCCAAGACUACCGCCUGCAGCACGAGACAGUCACUGAGCUCAACCACCUGGCCGAAGUGCUGGUGCCUGCCACGUUCCGAUUCCUCAACUCCCAGGGCGCCAGCUCUGUGCUGCAGGUGCACAGGCAGCAGGCCGUUUGCCAGGGAGUGGCUGAAGUCACCAACCUGGCCCGCAUCUUGCGCUGCCUGCUUGACCCCCACCUGCGCAUCGAUGAGGAGAAGGCAAACAACUCAGAGAACCUCGGCUAUGGCAUUCCUAUGGUCCAAAACUUCAAGUUCUCAAAAAUCCAUCUGAGCCAGCCCCGGACAGACAGUGAAGACACAGCCACUAAGCACAGGGAGCACUUGCUGGCUAUCAGCAGCUUUCUUUUUGCCUUGAUCUGGGGCUUUGGAGCUCAUCUUCCCUCCAGGCUCUGGCCCGUCUUUGAUGUGUUCCUGAAGAACUCUAUAAGUUCCCUCUCGAGCUACCCAGAACCACUGCCCUCAGCUUUAGUGUUUGAUUUGCACGUGUGCCCCGAGAGUGGGAUGCUGGUCCCCUUCACUGGCAAAUACCUGAGCAGUCACAUCAAGGGAACAAGCACCUUCAACCCUACUUCCCAGACCGAACGGCUCUUGUACAUGGUAGACCUGCUGCUGUCGGGGGGACACCCGGUCCUGCUGGCUGGGGAGACAGCAGCAGGGAAGUCGACUUUCGUGGAGGCGCUCGUGGAGCCACUUCACCCGUACCUGUACAGCGCCGUCCACCCUGCCUUCAGGACCACCCACCUUCGCCUUCUGCUGAGCCGAGGGGUCCAAGGUCAAGGACAAGGCAGCCCGGGGUCUGGGUGGCACCUGGAGUCUAAAGGCUCCCUGCUCUUCAUGCUGGAGGAUCUGCACCUGGCUGCGUCUGACUCUGAGAUGCGCAGUCAGCCAGUACUGGAGACUCUGCGCCAGGCCUUAGAUGGCACCGUGUAUGCCCACGGCACGUUGGAGCUGCAGACACUGCACCCUACAGUCAACUUCCUGGCCACCAUCACGGUACCUGGCUUCUGUGAGCGGCCCCUGUGCCCACGCCUCUCUAGACUCUUCACGGUGCUGGCCAUGGGCAGAGUGACCCAGGCCACCCUGCUGAGCAGGCAUGUGCCCAGCAUCCAGGCCUGGCUUGAGCGCUUCCCCUCUGUGGAGCUGGAGGGGCUUCUAGCAAGAUCUCUGGUCCGGGCCUCUAUGGAGGCCUGGGAGGCUGUGAGCAGCUCCUUUCUGCCUUCUCCCUUCCACCCACACUACCGCUUCUCCCUGCACUCUGUGAGUCAAAUCCUGGGCAGCCUGCAGCUACUGCCCACCAGAAUGGGCCCCCGAGGCUUUUCGGACAGCGAGCGCCACCAGGAGCACUUGCGCCGUGUGUCAGGGCUGCACGGCUCCCGCCUGACGGUGAUGAUGAGCAUACGCAAUAUGGUGCGGCUUUGGUUGCAUGAGGCACAGAGAACCUUUUGCGACCGGCUGGACAGCCUGAGGGAACGCUCCUACUGUGGCAUGAUGCUCCUAGAAAUAGCCCAGAGUGUCUUCUGCUGUGGGUCAGCACCCCAGCACCUGGGCAAGGGCUUAGGAGCGGGGGAAGUGGAGGAAGAGAGGAUGCUGGAAGUGGAGUCCGAAGAGGAGCUGGCCCAGUGGGAGAACAUCAGCGACAGCGGCAGUGAUACUGAGGAGGAGGAGGACCCUUACGGCCUUCAGGUCACCGGUGAUUCAGGCCUGCCACUCUCCGCAGAGCCAUCGAAGAGGGAGGCCACGGAGACCAUAAGUCAGAAGACAAAGCAGGAGGAAAGCAUCCACACCUGCAGCUAUAAGUCCCAGCUAAAGAAACCUGAGGCUUGGUGGCAGAAGACACCCCGGCUGGACCUGAUCUCACCCCUGUUGCUACCAGUAUUAAUACUGUGUCCCCAGGAAAAACCCUCAGACUUGAUUUUCAGUCAGGACCUUAUUCUGGAACCCCACUCUAGGAACCCCAAUUUUUAUCUGGAACGACAGUGGAGGACCCUGAAGGAACAACUAGCCACCUCAGCUGCUCGGCUGAAGCUGAGCCCACACCUUGCUCAGUGCCGCUCCAUGACCCAGCAUGUGGCCCACCUGGUCCGGGUGCUGGCCAGACCCCGGCAGCAUGGCCUUCUGAUCUCAGGGGCUCCUGGUACUGGGCGCCAUACUGCCGUCACUCUGGCAGCUGGCAUUGGUCAGGCCAGCCUCUUCCAUCUGCCAUCGGGCCCAGAGGAGGCCAUUCUCCAGUGUCUGCGGGAUGCUAGCUGGCAUGCUGGCAUAUUAGGCCAGCCAGUGGCCCUGCUAGUGGCCAGGGGCGUGGAUCUUACCACCCUUCAUCGCCUGCUGGCCUUGGCAACCUCAGGCAGCUUCCCUGACCAGUACUCAGAGGCGGAUCUGGACAACAUCGAAGAACAUGUCCCUAGAGACAACCUUAGCAUCAAGCAAAACUUCAGGAAGGAUAUGCUGUUGCAGAGGUUCUACCAGCAAGUGUGUAGCCACCUGCAUCUGUUCAUCCUGCUCGAAGAUGACCAGGUCCGUGAGAAGCUGCCCUCUACUCUUUUACUGAGGCUCCUUCAAGUGACUGUCGCCAGCAUUGACCGCUAUGAACCUUGGGACCAAGCCACCCUGGUCAGUGUGGCCCAGCACUACCUGGAGAGUGCUAGGAGUCCGCCCCUUAAUGACGAUUCCAUGAUGUACCCAGACCUCCAAGCCUCAGUUCCCAGUGUGGCCAGAGUCAUGGCUCUCAUCCACCUUUCGGCUGCCAGUUACCAUGGACACCUGUGCCCUGCAUUGCCACUCGUCACCCCCAAGACUUUCCUAGACUUCCUGGGCACCUUCAUGCAGCAGCAGCAGCAGAUGAUACUGCAGAUUAGAGAUAAGGCUCACCUAAUCAACAAUGCCCUGUGGAAUCUGAAACUGAUGAUUGAGCAGCACAAAACCUUUACCAACCUGGUCUUCAACUUGGAACAGCAGCUGAAAGUUUCCCGCAAGAGCCUCAGCACGUUGCACCAACAGCUAGAGCAAGACAGGCUUCAAUAUCAGCAGCUGCUGACGGAGAGCCGGCAUCAGGAGAACCUCAUUGAAAACCUGACCAAGCACCGAGAUGCCCUGCAUGCCCAGCACACAGCAUUCCUGGAGCAGAUGGGCACAGCAUUUCAGGGGCCCCUAAGCCAGCUACAGGUGGCCGACUUUGAGGAGAUUCGGAGCUAUCGAGCACCCCCAGAACCCGUGGUCCGGGUAACUGACGCACUGUGUGAACUGUUCCACCGUAAAACAGGCUGGGCCAGUGCCAAGCAGCUGUUAUGCUCUGAGGACUUCUAUCAGGAGCUGGUGUUCUUCCCCAAGGACAAGAUAACUGACUCGGAGCUGAUAAAGCUAAAGCUAGCCCUGAAGGCCCCAGGCAUGAGUGAGGCUGCCUUGCAGGCCGUGAGUUUGCCUGCAGCAAGCCUAGCAGCCUGGCUCUGGGCCAUUCUGCGCUAUAGUCUCGCGCAGCGCCGAGGGCUGCCCACGGGCCUGCUGCUGCAGCAGGUCGAAGCGACGCUAGCUAAGGAGCAGGCCCGCAUGGGUCACUACCAGUUCCAGGCCCAGCAGAUCCUGGAGCACACGCUGGCGCUGACCAAGAAGGUGCAGUCCACACAGGCCUCCCACUGCCACAUGGCAGAGGAUCUCAGCUGGGCACAGUGUAGCCAGUACCACAAGUGGCCCAUAAAGGCCGCACUGCUGACGCCCAUCUAUUCCUGGACCUCAGAUAUUCAGACACUGCAGGAACACUGCGUGACCGUAUUUGGAGAUGCCCUCCUGUGUUCAGCUGCCAUCACCUACCUGGGCCACUUCCCAACACAGCGACGCCAGGAGAUACUAGACAAGUGGCUGGCACUGUGCAGAGGCUUUCAGGAAUCCCUAGGCCCAGACGACAUGGCGCAGGCCCUGAAGCAACACCAGAAAUCUGGCAACGAUGUCCCUCCUCCAACCCCCCUGCUGUCCACACGCACUCCCUUCAACCUCCUGUUCUUGCUGAGCUCGAAAUCAGAGCAGUUCCAGUGGGACCGAGACCUGAAGCCCCAGGCCAAGUCAGCCCGUCUGGCAGGCCUGUUUCUACGAAGUCGCACCCACUACCACAGUUGCCGCUGGCCUCUGCUGCUUGACCCCAGCAACCAAGCCCUCAUCUGGCUGGACCCACUGCCUCUGGAAGAGACUAAGUCCACGGGCCCAGAUGACGGGCCCAGAGGCAGAGGUAAAGCCAGGGAUAGACAGCACUUUUCAGAGGCAGACAUGGAAAAUGAAGAUGACAGCAGUGAAGAGGAUGAUAAGGCUGUUGACGCAGCAAAAGAGAAGGCAGAGGGAACUGAAAAUGAGGAGGGAAAAAAAGAAGAAAAGCAAGAGCAAGAGGAGAAGGAGACAGAGCGUCAGCAGUCAAGGCCAGCCCCAGAGCCGUCUCUGCCUGUUCCCUACCUUAGUGUGCUCUCAGGCUCUGACCCAGAACUGGGUUCUCACCUCCAGGAGGCAGCUGCAGGUGGCCUGCCUGUGCUGCUGACCCACAUGGAGCUGGGCCUAGAGUGCCUGGAACUGCAAAGGCUACUGCAGAGGGAAGAGCUGAAGCCACCUGAGGUGCAACCUGGUUUCUGUCUCUAUCUGAGCACUACCCUCCCCCUCAGUGCCUUGGGAAAAGUGCUAGGCUAUGAACUGCUGAAGGGGCUGAACGUGCUGGAUCUGAGCUGGAACGUGGAAAUCCUAGAAGAACAGAUGCUGAAUGAAAUCAUGUGUGUGGAGUGUCCUGAGCUCAAAGCCCGCUGGCAGGACCUACAGCUCAGAAUCCUGGAUACUUUCAAAGCUGUGGAGGCCACUGAGGAGCAGCAGCUGCAGAUGCGGUGGCUCCAGACACCCAAGAGUCAGAGACCAGCCAAGUUCCUGCGAGACAUGGUGAGGUUCCAGGCAAAGCUGGUUCAGCUCCGUGCCAAGUAUGAGGAACUGGAAGACCAGAAGCAACAAGAGAUAGUAUUGUGGCUACCCUAUCGGCAAGUGGUUUGGCAGGGCAUAGCCAUUAUAAAAGCCCUUCACCCACUGCAGAACCUGCUGCCACCUUUCUGUAUGAGCCCAGAGAAGUGGCUGGCACUCACCAAGCAGACUUUGCACAGCAUGAAGCACCAUGAGGUUUUUCAGAGCAAGGACCUUCCCAGAUACCUGCUGCAUUUGAGGAACAAGCUGACCCGCAAGCUGCUGGACAGCACUGUGGCUGCCCUCGGCCGAACCCAUGUACCCUUGGUGGGUGCCCUAGCAGCUCUGGCUCUCCUGCAGGUGGUGAAGAAGGCACCAGAGCUGGAGAGGCUGGCAUUUUGGCCUGGCCUGGCGGCUUCUUCCAGCACAGGCUACAGCAAGUCAGUGCCAGGUGUGGUUCGGCCGAGCUGGCUAGGGCUGAGGGCCUGGUCCGAAUGUGGGAUGUUAGAGAUGCUGCCCCCAUUCGCUGGGCUGCGGGCAUCACUGGCCAGCCACUCUGAUGUUUGGCAGGAUUACCUGUCACUUUCAUCCACAGUGCUGGGUCCCGCACCGGGGCCUGGAUCUAACCCCCUUAGCCUCCUCCAGAAGCUGAUCCUGUGGCGCGUGCUGCGGCCGGACUGCCUGGCAGGUGCCCUGGCAGACUUAACCACCAGUCUCCUGGGCCGGCCCCUGGAUGAGAACCAGGGGGCCUCCACGCUAUCCUUUGAGCAGAGUAAGGCUACUCAGCCCACGCUGAUCUUGUUGCCACCACCUGGUUACUCCUCAACCACCCUGCACCCCCUGGGUGUCAUCCAGAAAAUGGCUGCCACAUUUAAGCAGGUUGGAAAGCAGCUGCAGGUGAUAGCCCUGGGCUCUGAAGCCUGGGACCCCAUCUCAGCUGUGCUCAGCUCUCUAAGCCAGGCUAUGUACAGAGGGCACUGGCUGGUGCUGGAGAACUGUCAUCUGAUGACUCGCUGGCCAAAAGAGCUGCUACAGCCCUUGCUGGGCCUGGUGAAUGGAGCCAAGGUGGUCUCUGGGCUGGAGUUAGAGCUGCUGUUAGCUCAGCCUGAAGGAAAGAAUGUGGCCUUUGUCCACAAAGAUUUCCGUCUUUGGCUUAUUGUGUCUGCAGAGGCUAUUGAUUCCUUACCAGCUGUGCUGACUCAGCACUGCAAGCCUGUUUUCUGGGACCAGUCCUUGGAGCUGAGCCAUGUGCUGGUAGACAGUGUGGAGCUAGCCCAGCAAGGGCUCUCAAUGCAACCCUCUUUCAGGGCGCUGCCUCUGCUCUUCCUACACAGCCUCUUGCUCCACAGGCAGCUCUAUGGAAUGAAGCUGCAGGCACACCGGGGGCGCUGGAGUCACGUGAUUCUGACCCAGGCCCUUCAGAUCCAAGACCAGCUGUGGGCCAACCUGAGCAAUCCCAGUGCUGCCAUGCAGGAGCUGGCUGCUUCCAUCUUCUAUGGGGGCCCCCUGGGAGACAGCACAGAUAGGGAGGCCCUGCUUAGCCUCACGCAAGCCUGCCUGAACCCCAGCAGCAUGGCCCCGCCACACACCCCCCAGCAUCUGCUGGCCGCUUUGAUGCCCAACCCAGAGCUGAGGGAGCAGGAUGCUGUGGCAGAGUGCAAGGCCCAGAUGUACCUACUGCCCAAACCACCCGAACCCCAGACCUGUGGACUUAGUGUUGGCACCCAGGCCUGGCUGUCACGACGCCGGAGUCGCUCUCUCUUGAGGGCGCUACAGAGGAGCUCCCUGACUUGGGUUCCCGCGGCUGGUAGAGAUUUCCAGCUCUCAGAGAGGCGGCUGCGCCAACGUGUGGCACAGGCCAAGCGGAAGCUGGAGUCACUGCAGGAUCUGCUGGUGGAGGCCACCAAUCAAGAGGGGCUAGGCAUGGAGCGGCUGGUGCUGGGGCUGAGUAUGCCACAUCCUCUGGAGGACUUUCUCAAAAUGGAGGUGCUGGAGCUGAGCCAGCUGGUGGGCAUGCUGCUUCAGGACCUCGACUGCCUGCUGCAGCGGCUGAAGGGGGAGCCCCCCUGCACCUCCCUGCGCUGCACUGCAGUGGCCCAAGCACUCUGGACUGGCCGGCUACCUCUGCCCUGGCGAGCCCAUGCUCCAGCUGGUCCCCAGCCACCCUGGCACUGGCUGCAACAGCUGCCGCGCCGUGGCCAGCUGCUGGUUCACUACUUGGGUAUGGGUGCCCAAGGACAAGUGCGCACCUUUCACCUGUCAGCCUUUCGAAACCCACGCCGUCUGCUGCUGUCCCUGCGCUGGGAGGAUUCCUUUGCGAAGAUGGCCUGGGAGCAGUAUGCACUCACCUCGAACAUUCCUCAUAGCCCAGGCUCCAGUUCCAAUAAGCUCCCCACAAAGGCUCCUGAGCUGAACAGCAACCCUCUGCUUUUCCAGGUGGUGAGUGGCCCAAAUGCCACGAUACCAGAGGAGGGGCUGCUGCUGGCCGGGCUUCAGCUCCGGAACGCCGAGUGGGACACACAUGUCGGGGCCUUGCAGGACGGGCCCUCCAGACAGCCCACACCUCUGCCUCUGGUCAGUGUCAGUGUCCGGGCCCAGGGCACCAACGACCUGCCACCCCCUGGUGGCCUGGCUGUCUAUUCCUGUCCUGUGUACAUGGAAGGGCCCCUGGGUGCCAGCAGGCUACACAGCAGGAACGUCGUGAUGCACCUGCCCCUGCCCACCAAGCUCAGCCCCACCAUCUGUGUCCAGCGGAGGGUCCAUGUGUGCAGUCCACCCCUGCCCUGAGCCUGCAAGCAGAAUAAAGCUGGAGCGAUUCAUGAAAGAUGUCUGAGAUU